AUGAGCAAGAGGUUGACUAUCUAUGAGGCCAUUGACCAUAUCUUUGGUCAUGAGAGUGAUACAGAGGACAGUCUGAAAUUGAGGAGGACGUGUCUGAAGAUGAGGAUGCCGUUGAGUAUGAGCCUGAACACGAUGAAGAUUAAUCUGAUGAAGAAGUGGGCCCAAAUGAGACAGAAGCUCAACGGGAGCCAGGGCAGAGCACCAACUGAGAACAUCCUCAAAAUGACCCCGGGGCAUGCUGUGUGACAUGUACAAGACAUCAAGACAACAUUUGAGUUCUUCAUUCCAGCAUCUAUUGAGAAAAUACUGCUUGACAUGACCAACAUGGAAGGGAGAAGGGUGUUUGGCAACAGCUGGGUGGAGGUAGACAAAACACACAUGGACGCUUAUAUAGGGCUGCUGCUGCUUCUUGCUGGGGUGUACAGGUCCUGUAAUGAGGCUACUGCUAGUUUAUGGGAUGCUGAGUCAGGCCGGAGUAUUUUUCGUGCCACCAUGUCUCUUCAGACCUUUCAUGUGUUAUCAAGAGUUAUCCGAUUUGACAAUCGAGAAACAAGAGUUGCUCGCCGUGUAAAUGACAAACUUGCUCCCAUUAGGGAACUGUGGGACAAGUGGGUGGAGCGCUUGCCGUACAUCUACAAUCCAGGGCCAGAGGUAACCGUUGAUGAACGGUUAAUCGCUUUCCGAGGUCGCUGUCCCUUCAGGCAAUAUGUCCCAAGCAAACCUGCAAAAUACGGGAUCAAGAUCUGGGCAGCCUGUGAUGCAAGAAACAGUUAUGCAUGGAACAUGCAAAUAUACACCGGGAAAUCUGCUAUGGGGGUGCCAGAAAAGAAUCAGGGCAAGCGGGUGGUGUUGGAUAUGACAAAGGGUCUUCGAGGGCACAACAUAACGUGGGACAACUUUUUCACGUCAUAUGCCCUCGGACAAGAACUGCUGCAGAGAAAGCUGACCAUGGUGGGAACGGUUAAGAAGAACAAACCUGAGCUUCCUCUUGCACUUCUCGGAACAAAAGACAGGGCCCUUCUCUCCUCCAAGUUUGCGUUUACUGAGACGACCACAAUUGUGUCAUACUGUCCCAAAAAAAACAAAAAUGUCACUGUGAUGUCCACUCUCCACAAGGACGCCGCUGUGAGCAGUAGGGAGGACAAAAACAAAGGAGGAGUCGACAAUCUCGACAUGGUCACUGGUACAUACACAUGCAAAAGGAUGACCAAAAGGUGGCCAAUGGCUGUCUUUUAUAACAUAUUGGAUGUCUCUGCAUACAAUGCAUUUGUUGUUUGGACUGAAACAAAUCCGGGAAGGAACAGUGGUAAACCUAACAAAAGGAGGCUUUUUCUGGAGCAGCUAGGGAGGUCUCUGGUGAAUCCCCACAUUGAACGUAGACAGCGGCUUGAAAACGAGUAG